GAACGCUCACACAUUCAGUACAGGGAUGUAGCAAACCUGAUUUCUCCAGUUCGCCAUGAAAACACGGUGAUUAAAGCAGCAGCACUGGGAGACAUGUCACACCAUGAUGUGGUUUACGCAUGCAAACUGGUCGCUGUGCUUCUUAUUUGUCUCGGGGACAAAUGCAUGGCCUCUAACUAUUAGGAGGGGGUGCAUCCUUUACAUCCAAGGCACAAUGGAUCUGUGUUUCAUGUCCAUCCAUCCAUCCAUCCAUUUUUCCAGUGUUCUGUGGCUCAAUUUUGGUGCCUUUGCUGGAGAAAAACACGCAGGACCUGCUAAUGCAGCAGAGCACAGGAAACACUCGGCUCAGAGCUCUGUUGGGUUGGAGGAGAUAGUGAUAGUGAUCCAGAGUCAGAGGAACUCCUACCAUGCUCAUCGCAGUGGUCAAAGGAAGUUGGAGAUCCUGCAGCAGGCAGCUCAACUUGGGCAGGGCGUUCCGGUGGUUGUUCUUCUCCACGAGCUGUCACAGUAUGAAGGGGAUUGGAGUAUCCUCCCUGCACUUCCUCGGCUCUUUGCCAGCUAUGGCCAUUCUGCUUCCUGGUUAUUCUUCAUAGAGGAGGAAACAAAGGUCACACUGUCUGCUCUGCUGAAGGUCCUCAACAGGUAUUCAGUUCAAGAGGAAUGGUUUUUGGGUAAGCGUCUCCAUGACAAUGAGGCCUCCAUCAUUCACCACUAUGCCUUCUCUGAGGACCCCGGUUCCUUCGGUUACCCUGAAACCGCAGCAGGCUGGGCUCUCAGUGCACCGCUGCACAGACUCACUGAGCGGAUACAGUAUGAGAAACUGAAGUCAGAUUUUACCAUCGAUCUGAAGCACGAG